AUGUGGCCUGGAACUUGGGAUACCACGUGCGCAAUCAUCAACCUUUGCCUCUCGACAGCGCCAAAGGCAGCGUCAGUCCACAGCAGCAACACCCCCUCUUCCUCCAUCACCAACCACAAUACCGGGUACAGCCACACCGUCACUCCCAGUCCUGCUCCUACUCGUGCUCUAUCUCCUGCUUCACCUCCUGCUCCUGCUCUUCCUUCUGCUAUAGCCUCAGCUCCAGCCCCGAGUCGAUCGCCAGUCACUACGGUCCUUGAAUGUUAUUCCGAGUUGAAUCUGAUUGAGGACCAAGAAAUAUCGCGUGCCUUGCCAACUGGUCCUUUAGAAAAGAUCACCAGCAAUGCGCACUACAGCCCGACAGUGACUUGGUACGGCACGUGGUACAGCACGUGGUUUAUCCUGUGCGCAGUCCUCAAGUACCUCGUCGCGUCAGCGCCAGACACAGCGCGUGCCCCCAGCCCCUUCGCGAAGACCACCAGCACCAUCACCAGUACCAUCCUUUCCUACCAACCAAGUCCCCUUGUCGGGUUCAUCACCCAACCUUGGUCCCUUGAAAGUUCGCAAGGUGCGGCCCUUGCAAGCCUCAAUCAAUUACCGCAAGAGUACCAGGCUGGGAAGACGACUCAAGCCAAUAUUUUACUUGAGAUUGAGAAGGUCAAUGGGCUCUGUAAGGAUAUCUCUCGGCCUGCGACUGUUCAGACCAGUCAGGAGGAGAUCCUCGCUGCUGUGCGGGCUUUAAAGCCAUCAGCAAAGGAUUAA